GUUAGCCAGCACUUGCUGCCUCCGCUUGCAUUCGAGCUUUCAGGUAGGAAGUGCUUGGUUCUUGAUCUCGACGAGACGCUUGUGCACAGCUCUUUCCGUGAAGUUGAGCACCCUGAUUUCAUUGUGCCUGUUGUUCUUGACGGACAGGAGCACAGCGUUUAUGUGGUCAAGCGUCCUGGUGUCGAUGAGUUUAUGCGCGUGAUGGGCCAGUACUACGAGAUUGUCGUGUUCACCGCCUCGCUGUCAAUGUACGCUGACCCAGUACUGGACCUGCUUGACAAAUAUAGCGUGGUACACCACAGGCUGUUCCGCGAGUCAUGCAACCUGUUCAACGGAAACUACGUCAAGGAUCUGUCGCGGUUAGGGCGCAACAUCGCUGACUCGAUCAUCAUUGACAACUCACCGGCGAGCUAUGCGUUCCAUAACAACAAUGCCAUUGGCAUCAGCACAUGGUUGAACGAUCCAAUGGACACUGAACUGCGCGAUUUGAUCCCGUUCUUGAUUGAUUUGACAGAGGUCGAUGACGUCGCAGCGGUCCUG